AUGCACGGUGAAUCUUGGGACGCGGCUGAAGAUUCAGAAGUCGAACGAGAGAAGAAAGCGAAAGAAGCUGCCGCCAAAGCCAAGGCCGAAGCUGAAGCUGCUGCAAAGAAGAAGUCGAAAGCGCAAAGGAUAAACGAACACAGGGCACGACGGCAAGCUGAUGCGGAGGAAGAGGAGUCUAGUGAUGAGGAGGAGGAUGCUGCAGAGCAACGGGCGCGGUUGAAGCGAACAGAGCAAGACUCUGAUUUGAAGCAUGCGGAAGAUCUCUUUGGCGAUAUCGAUCUCAACCGGAGCCGCUCGGCACCUAAGACGGCAGUAGUUUCUGAUACCGGUGAUCCUACGAAGUCUAUUGAUCUUUCCUCAAUCCCGCUAUUCAAGCCAGGCACCAAGGCCCAAUUCACGGCUCUUACGAAUACCCUUGCUCCUCUCCUCGCCGCCCAGUCCAAGAAGCCACAAUAUUCUCUCUGGGUUCAGGAUUUUGCGAAGCAACUUGUUAAGGAGCUUCCCAGCACAGAAAUCAAAAAGGUGGCCAGCGCUUUGACCGCGGCUAGCAACGAAAAGCUCAAGGAGGAGAAAGCUGCAGACAAGGGUGGGAAGAAGACCAAAGCCGCGAAGACGAAGACAAGUCUAGUUACGACUCACUCGAACCGCAUGGAUACGACAGCUUACGAUGGCGAGGAUUUGGACGAUGACGAUUUUAUGUGA